AUGCGCAGCCUCUACCAUUCCAUGCACAUUGGAGAGCGAAAAGUAUUCCUCAUGUUGCUCGAGCAGUAUUGGGCUUCUCCGCGCAUCGCGCACUGGCUCAUAACGACGCGCGAGCUGUACGUCUCAAAGAUGUACGAAGGGAAGGACCCGUAUGGCCCCUACUUUGGGAGAAACAGAAAAGACCACCGCUUCAUCCAUGCACUGCCGAUGGCUGGCCCGGUCAGAUCACUAGAUUUAUCCUACGCCUGGCUCAAUACCUUCGAGCUGCGUCGGAUCAUCAAUGCCUUCCCCAGGUUGAAUAGCCUUAGCCUGCACGGCAAUGUUCGCGGCCCGCCUCACACAAUUCGUGCGAACGCUACACAGUUCCAGCUUGAGUAUCUCGGCCUCGACCUGCGCACGGGUUCAAAUCGCGGAUCUUGCGAGAUGCUCGAAGAAUUAAUCAUACACCUAGUCGAUGAGCUGCUCGAAGCCGCUGGUCCAUCUCUUCUGCGCUACUCGGUGCCAUAUGACUUGCCACCCGAUUAUCUUGGAAAGCUUACCACCAGCGCCGCAUUGCGAUCACUAGAGCUCUGUCUCGGCACCUUAGACCUAGCAGGUCAUCCCCUCGUUUGCUGGUCCGGAGCAGCAGAACACUUACACAAAAUCCUUGGGACCGUCCGGAGCGACAAGCUCGAGCGUAUUAAGAUCGAGAUCGAGGUGAAGGUGACCGACAGCAUAAGCGAAGCCUUGAUAGAUACCACGGAGGAGGAGCUGGACGUGCAGAACUUGCACGAGGUGAUGAGCCGGUCAUACUUCAAUGCGCUUAAGGAGAUGCCGGCCGGCGAGCGUUUCGUCCGCCACGUCGUAGUCUCCGUUCCGACCAUGAAUCAAGACAAGCGCUUUCAAGACACGUCGUAUCGCCAGUACCAUCUCAUCGAGCCCGUCGGAGCGCUCUAG